AUGCUCGCCCGCAUCACUGCUGUCUCUGCUCGCCGCAUCCCCCGCGCCUCGCUCGUCGCGACGCGUGGCUACGCAGAGAACCAGUUCAACAAGAAGGAGAAGGCUCACGAAGACCAGUUUGCUCGCAAGCACGAGCAGGAGCAGAUUAAGAAGCUCAGGGACCAGAUUGAGAAGAAGAAGACAGAGCUGGCUGAGCUAGAGAAGCAGCACGCUGACGAAGCUGCCAAGCAGCAGUAA